ACUAAACCUCGGGGAGAGGAGAAGGAACGGAACCAAAAAUUAAUAGCAACAAUGAAUUCUCUGGCUAGAAUUGGUGGUUUCGCUUGUGAAGCCGGGAAAAUCGCCGGAUUUGGCUUGCAGCAAGUGCGAACAAAGUAUGCCGACUGGAAAAUGAUCCGGGAUGUCAAGCGCCGCAAGUGCGUUAGUGAGCAUGCCAAGGAGCGGCUUCGCGUUAAUUCACUUCGAAAAAACGACAUACUGCCCAUUGAGCUGAGGGAAAUGGCCGAUGCCGAGAUUGCUGCCUUUCCCCGUGACUCUUCGUUGGUCCGUGUUCGAGAACGUUGCGCACUUACGUCACGGCCGCGUGGAGUUGUCCACAAAUAUCGCCUCAGCAGGAUUGUGUGGCGACAUUUGGCAGACUAUAACAAGCUAUCCGGUGUGCAACGUGCCAUGUGGUAGCAUCUAAGUAAAUCUUCUUUGUAUUUGAAUUCUUUGCUUGUGUUAACAAUUUAUACAAAAAAACAGUAAACGUAUAGUGGUCGCAUUCCACUACACUUCUAGUUGUAAGCCUAGUACUCAGACGCGCUAAAUUUUCCGUCGAACGAAAGUGCUAUAUAUUCCGCUCGGUGCCCAGUGUGAUCAAAGUGGUCAAUCUGCGUGUUUUUUUACAAACAGAAAUCUGUUAAAAUUUCAAAUUUUUUAUUAGAGCAAGCAGAAAUGUCUUAUUUGUGGGCGCUGUGGAGCUGGAGGACGAUAAUGCACACUGCAAUAUUGGAUAAAUCCUAUCCUGAAGGACAGAUAUGCAAUCAACAUGGGUUUAUUUAAUUAAAAUGAGACCCGGGUAUAAAAUUAAUAAAUAAUAAUAAUAAAAUCCA